ACACGAGAAUUUUUUUUGUGACGCAUCGUUGUAAUAAGAAAGUGUAUUUUUGAUUGCUUUUACAGUUUUAUAAAGGUUUAUUAUCUGCAAAAGAUGUCGCAACGAUUUGCGCCUGGCCAAGCGCCGGUGCAGUCGCGCUACCAACCGCCGCCUCAAGCGCCCGGCAUGCGUCCUUAUGCGGCUGGCGCCAGUUUUCCGCCUCGCGGCUUUCCACUGCAUCCUAAUACAACCCAGCCUGUGCCCGGUAGCGCCGCUGCUCCAGUCGGGCCCUCGCUACUGCAGCGCGCCUCCCAGCCCAGUUUUCAAAGUGGCUUGCGCGGAAGUGGCUCGGGUGGCGGCAGUAAGCGUUCAGCAGAAUCGCGCAACCUCAGCAGUGCGCAGAACAAGGGCGAGUUUGUGACAGCGAAGAAGAAAAAGAAGCUAGCGGAUAAGAUACUGCCGCAAAAAGUGCGCGAUUUGGUGCCAGAGUCGCAAGCCUACAUGGACCUGCUGACCUUUGAGCGCAAGCUGGAUGCUACCAUCAUGCGCAAGCGUCUCGACAUCCAGGAGGCCCUCAAGCGGCCUAUGAAACAAAAGCGCAAGCUACGCAUUUUCAUUUCAAACACAUUCUACCCAAGCAAAGAGCCCAACAAUGAUGGAGAUGAUGGUGCCGUCGCUUCCUGGGAGCUGCGCGUCGAAGGCCGGUUACUCGAGGACGGCAAAGGAGAUCCAAAUACGAAGAUUAAACGCAAGUUCUCAUCCUUUUUCAAGUCACUGGUCAUUGAGCUGGACAAAGAGCUGUAUGGACCAGAUAACCAUCUCGUUGAAUGGCACCGCACACACACUACACAGGAAACGGAUGGUUUCCAGGUGAAACGCCCGGGUGAUCGCAACGUACGCUGCACUAUUCUGCUGCUGCUCGACUACCAGCCGCUGCAGUUUAAGCUGGAUCCGCGUCUGGCGCGACUGCUAGGCGUGCACACGCAAACACGGCCCGUUAUCAUCUCGGCCCUGUGGCAGUACAUCAAAACGCACAAACUACAGGAUGCGCACGAGCGGGAAUACAUAAAUUGUGACAAGUAUUUGGAGCAGAUCUUCAGCUGUCAACGCAUGAAGUUUGCGGAAAUACCACAGCGUCUCAAUCCGCUGCUCCAUCCGCCAGAUCCGAUUGUGAUCAAUCAUUUUAUUGAGAGCGGUGCAGAGAACAAGCAGACCGCCUGUUAUGACAUUGAUGUCGAGGUGGAUGAUACGCUGAAGAAUCAAAUGAAUAACUUUCUCAUGAGCACAGCCAGUCAGCAGGAGAUACAGGGAUUGGAUACAAAGAUACACGAGACCGUCGACACUAUUAACCAGAUGAAGACGAAUCGCGAGUUCUUCCUGAGCUUCGCCAAAGAUCCACAGAUGUUCAUACAUCGCUGGAUUAUCAGCCAGACGCGGGAUCUCAAGCUUAUGACCGAUGUCGUUGGCAAUCCUGAGGAGGAGCGACGUGCUGAGUUCUACUACCAGCCAUGGACGCACGAAGCUGUCUCGCGCUACUUCUUCACUAAAGUCAACCAGAAGCGCGCUGAACUCGAGCAAGCGCUUGGCAUACGCAGCGGUUGAGCACGCCGACAUAUCAGAUCGGAUCGGCAUGGCAAACUUUUUCCUUUGACAUUUAAGUUUAAGCUACUGAUAUAUCAUUUUCAUUUUUUUUUUCUUCCACUUUACAAUUUGCGGCUCAAAUCACUCUUAGGCUGCAUCGAAUGUUUGAUGAGGCAAAAAGAAAAUAAAAAGUGAAAAUGCGAGGGCUGUAAUAUAAGUACCCGUAUUUUCUAGUAUUAUAAACUGCA